AUGGAACAAUAUUUCUUUAUAAAUGAUGUUACAGAAGAAAAAAAGAAGAUUGCCUUGUUUAUCACUUUGAUUGGGCCGGAAAGCUACGAAACAUUAAAAAAUUUAGUGUCUCCAGAGGUACCGAGCUCGUUAUCAUACACAAAAUUAGUGGAGGUUUUAAAGGGGCAUUAUAUUGAAAAGAAAUCAGCAAUUGCAGCGCGAUACGAGUUUUACCAAUAUAAACAGAAGGAAAAUCAGUCCAUAAAUGAUUUUGUUGUUCAAAUCAAAAGGUUAGCUGCAAAUUGUCAAUUUAAAACUUUUUUAAAAGAAGCACUUCGGGACAGAUUUGUAUCUGGAUUAAGAAAUGACAUUUUAAUAAGUAAAUUACUGUCGGAGCCUGAUGAUUUAUCAUUUGAGAAAGGUAUCCAAAUGGCUUUAGCUUUUGAGAGUGCAGAAAGAGACACUAAGUACAUACAACCAGAUGGAAAUAUCCAUUUAGUAAAGAAGCCUCAAUAUCGGCAAGGAUCCAAAGCUCAAGUGCCCCACUUAGAACAAAAUCUCAAGUUGGAAGGGAAGCUAGAAUGCAGACGUUGUGGGGGUGCUCAUUUAACUACUAGGUGUUUUAAAAAAGAAUGGAUAUGUUUUGUUUGCAAGAAGCCUGGGCAUUUGGCAAAUAAAUGCCGGUUUAAAUUAUCAAUGAAAGGAAACAAUGUUAAAAAUGUGGAACAAGAGAAAGAGGUAAAUUGUGAUAAUUUUGAUUCAAGUAACAUUGUAAGUCAAUUAAAGGUCAAAUAUAAAGAAGUAUUCUCAAAGGAUAGGUCAUCUCAUAUUUUAAAUUUUAAGGCCAAGUUGAAAUUGAAAGAUGGAGCAACACCCACAUUUCAUAAAGCAUAUUCAAUUCCCUAUUCAAAAAAGCAAGAAGUUGAAGCUGAAUUGUUAAAUUUAGUCAAGUCAGGUAUAAUUAAAAAAGUUACACACAGUGAUUGGGCUAGCCCCAUUGUUAUAGUAGAAAAAAGUAAUAAAAACAUAAGAGUUUGUGUAGAUUACAAAGUCACAUUAAAUAAACAAUUAGACACGGAUCAUUAUCCCUUGCCUCUGCCAGAAGAUAUAUUUUCUGAAUUGGCUGGAGCAACUUGUUUUUGUGUACUUGAUCUUAGUGGAGCAUAUCAACAAUUGUUAUUAGAUGAUAAGUCACAAGAGUAUAUGACUAUUAAUACCCAUUUAGGAUUAUUUAGACCUACUCGUUUACAAUUUGGUGUGUCAAGUGGGCCAUCUGUUUUUCAGAGUGUUAUGGAUCAAAUACUGCAGAAUGUUAGUAAUGUUAGAGUAUUCAUUGACGAUAUUAUUAUUAGUGGAAAUAGUUCGCAGGAUUGUCAAAAAAACUUGGAAAAUGUUUUACAAAGAUUUAAACAAUAUAAUGUUAGAGUAAAUUUAGAAAAAUGUCAGUUUUUCUGUAAAGAAAUUAAAAUUUUAGGACAUAUCAUUAGUAGUCAGGGUAUAAGACCUUUACCAGAUAAAAUCGAAGCCAUAGCUAAGGCUCCACCACCUGGUUCAAUUACUCAGUUACAGGCAUACUUAGGGCUGCUAAAUUACUAUGGAAAAUUUUUACCCAGAUUAGCAGAUCAUUUGGCACCGUUGCAUAACCUAUUAAGAAAAGAUGUUCCGUUUCGUUGGACAGAGACAUGUAAUAAGUCUUUUGAAUUAAGUAAAAAACUAGUAUUGGAGCAUGGUUUAUUGGUGCAUUAUGAUUGUAUGAAGGAUUUGUAUGUAACAGCAGAUGCUAGUCAAUAUGGCUGGCCAAAUUAUAUGUCAGAUGAAUGUUUAAAGCCAUAUUUUAGUAAAAGAGCUGAGUUAGUAACUGAACAAAAAUGUGUACUUUGGGGAGGUAGAGUGAUCAUUCCAGAGCAGUUAAGAAGUAAAGUGUUAGGAAUGUUUCACGAAUCACAUCAGGGGAUUGUUCAAACUAAAAUAAAUGCACCUAAUUCUACUGGUAUGUCUCCAAAUGAAAUUAUAUUUAAGUAUAAACCAAGGACUCGUUUUGAAUUAAUGAAACCUUCAAAUGUAUUGUCAAAAAGAAUUGUUCAGUCUGCUAAUAAUUUAAUGGCACAAGUAAUGUUUAAAGUGGGAGACAGUGUUUGGUGUAAAAAUUUGAAAGAAGGAAAAGGAUGGUCCAAAGCAUUCAUUGUUCAAUGUUUGAGUCCUGUUCGUUAUAUAAUAAGUGUUAAUGGUGUUCAAAAACAUUACCAUGUUUCUGAUUUGAGAAAUUGUAGUACGGUUGUAACAAAUAAGAAUAGUCAAGAUUUUGAAGAUAAUUGUAAAGAAACCCCUGUCUAUACACCAGUUAUUUUGUCACCAAUAGAUACAAACUCUAGUUUAAAUAAAGAUAUUGAAAUUAGACAGGAGGUUCUACCAGAAAUAAAUAAUACCUUAGAUAUAGAAAGAGAAUCAAUGCUGGAGGAUCAGAUUGAUCCAUUGGAAAAAAAUGUUUGUGUGGAAGAACAGGUUUCUCAGAAAUCUUUGUUAAGUAAUUCUAAUAAUACUGAGCUGAGAAGAUCUACUAGAAUCUGUAAAGCUCCUACUAGGUUAAAUUUAUAA